UUAUCUUUUAAGUGACAAAUAAUUUUAUCUGUAUUGAUAUGUGAUAAUACCCGAUAAUACAUAUCAAUUGACUCAUAUAUGAUGUAUUGAAAAACUAUAAAAGUCUGUGACAAUUGUGCAAAAUAAAAGUGAAAACGGUUUAAUAUUAUUGCUAAAAAUAUGAGGAUAUGUAUGGUGUCUGAUUUCUUUUAUCCAAAUGUGGGUGGUGUAGAAGAGCACAUUUUCAAUUUAUCACAAUGUUUGCUUACUCGUGGACAUAAAGUUGUUGUGAUAACCCAUACUUAUAAUGAUCGAAAAGGCAUCAGAUACAUGACAAACGGUUUGAAAAUAUAUUAUCUACCAGUGAAAGUAUUCUACAAUCAAAGUGUUCUUCCAACAAUGAUUUGCAAUUUGCCUUUUUUGAGAUAUAUUUUUAUUCGGGAACAAAUUCAAAUUGUACAUGGACAUUCUGCUUUUAGUACUUUAGCACACGAAGCAAUAACUUUAGGACGUCUACUCAAUCUAAAGACUGUUUUUACUGAUCAUAGCCUUUUUGGGUUUGCGGAUUCGUCUGCAGCAGUUACUAAUAAAUUUUUACAAAUAUCUUUGUCUGGCUGCCAUCAUUGUAUAUGUGUAUCACAUACAGGUAAAGAGAACACUGUUCUCAGAGCUAGAGUGCCACAUGCAGAAGUAUCAGUUAUACCCAACGCGGUUGAUGCAGCGACAUUUGUACCUGAACCAGAAUUUAGACCCAAAGACAGAAUUAAUAUAAUUGUGAUAUCACGAUUGGUAUAUCGCAAAGGUAUUGAUUUAUCAGUAGCAGUUAUGAGCGAGUUAAUACCAGAGUACCCUAACUUGCAUUUCAUAGUAGGAGGAGAUGGUCCUAAGAGGCAGUUACUUGAAGAAUUGCGAGAAAAUAAAGGUUUAGGUAGAAUCACUUUGUUAGGUGCUUUGGAGCAUUCACAGGUUCAAAACGUUUUGAAAACAGGACACAUAUUCCUAAAUACUUCAUUAACAGAAGCAUAUUGCAUGGCUAUUGUCGAAGCAGCAGCUUGUGGAUUACAAGUAGUUUCAACACGAGUAGGCGGAAUUCCUGAAGUUCUACCCGAAGAUUUGAUUUAUUUAACAGAACCUAAUGUACCUUCAAUUGUGGAAGGUGUAAAGAAAGCUUUAGCUGAUCGUGCUGCAGGCAAAUAUGUUUGUCCUUUUGAGUGUAAUGAAAGGAUAUCUGAAAUGUAUAGCUGGGAUAAUGUAACCAGAAGAACUGAAAUUGUUUAUGAUGCUAUAUUGGAAACAAGUAGUGAACCCUUUGGAGAUUUGCUAGUUAGAUAUUUACGGAGUGGUGUCUGGCCUUUUCUAUUAGUGAUCAGUUUAAUGAAAAUAUUAGUAUGGUUACUGGAAUGGGCUGUACCUGCCAAAUCUAUAGAAAUUUGUAGAAAUUUCUCAUUGAGGAAGUAUAAUUUAAGUUUUGAUAAACAAACUUCUUUUCCAGUAAAUUAAAUGUUAUAUAAAUUGCAUAUACAAUUGUAGUUCAUCAAACUACAUG